AUGAACGCAACAACGUCUAUCCUCAUCACUUCUGCUGCUGUGCUUUUGGGCUACCUCUUCUACAAGAAAUUUGUCAAGCCACUUCAACAUUUCUCUAAUCAUGGCAUUCCAGGUCCUAAACCAAUACCGCUAGUAGGCAACAUACUCAAUGGCACUUUAAGAGAGGGAAUUCAUCCAGGAUUAUUAAAUUUGGCCGCAAAGUAUGGAGAUAUUUUCGGUUUUUACUUCGGUCCCGUUCGUGUUUGUUACGUCGGCAAACCUGACGUGGUCAAGCAAAUCCUUGUCAAGGAAUUUCCCAAGUUUACAAAUAAAAUUGGAGCUACCACUACUACAAUUCUCGAUCUGAAUUUGGAGAGCCUCCGCUCUCUAGUUAAAAGCAGCCUCGGUUCACGGGGCAUGAGGGAAUGUGGUGAGGAUUGUACGAUUGAAGGUUACCAUUUCAGCGAAGGAACUUCUGUUGUGUAUCCUAUUUAUGGUNUGCAUCACGAUACUAGGUACUGGGAAAAUCCUGAGGAUUUUGACCCUGAAAGAUUUAGCGAAGAAAGAAAAAAUGAUAUACAGCCGUUUACAUAUCUACCUUUUAGUACUGGCCCUCGAGUAUGCAUAGGCAUGCGUCUUGCUAUGAUCGAAAUUAAGAUUACUCUUUGUUAUCUUCUUCGAAGAUUUAGAUUUAUUCGAGCUCCAGAGACGGAAGUUCCAGUGAAAUUAAGUGUGUAUGCAACUUUGUGUCCCGCAAAUGGAAUUAAAAUUAAGGUUGUCGAUAGAAAGCACUCGUAA